AUGUUGGAACAACAUUUAUUUCCAUUUGUUAGGAUUCUUAUGAUUCACCCACACUGGGGCCACUCUCGUGUCAAAUCGAAACUGGUAAACGUUGAUCAUGAGACAAGACAGUCAUCUAAACUCCAAAAAAUAUAUUACAGAUUUGGUUCAGACUGUGCUUCAGAAGCGUCGCAAUCAGGAUAAUAGCGUUACUAUGACGACGGUGACAUGUGCCACUUUCCUGUUGUUUCAUUUACUAGCGAAUCACCACCAUUUACGGACCUGGACAUAUAUGUUUGGCUAGAGUAA